ACGCGCCUGUCAUCUGGAGGAAACUCCUCCCAGCAGACAGCGCGUCCUGUCGCCUUCCCAGCGCAAUGGUCUCCUGGAUCAUCUCUAGACUUGUGGUACUUGUUUUCGGUACACUAUAUCCUGCAUACUCGUCUUAUAAAGCUGUGAAGUCGAAAGAUGUUCGAGAAUAUGUGAAAUGGAUGAUGUACUGGAUAAUAUUUGCCUUAUUCACUACACUGGAGGCAAUUACAGAUAUGUUCAUUUGUUGGGUUCCUUUCUACUAUGAACUAAAGAUAGCCUUUGUGGUGUGGCUGCUGUCCCCUUACACGAAGGGCUCCAGUGUUCUAUACAGGAAAUUUGUUCAUCCCACGCUUUCCUCAAAAGAAAAGGACAUUGAUGAGUACAUCGUCCAAGCGAAGGACAAAAGCUAUGACACGCUGGUGCAUUUUGGGAGAAAAGGACUGAACGUUGCAGCCACAGCUGCAGUCAUGGCUGCAACAAAGAGCCAAGGGGUCUUGUCAGACAGACUAAGGAGUUUCAGCAUGCAGGAUCUGUCAUCCUACCAGUCCGACCCAGUUAACACCAGCCCUGACACUGCACAACCUUCAGCAGCUCAGCACCGGUCCAGACCCAUGAUGCGCAGCAAGUCAGAGAGCUCCAAGGAUUUUGACAUGACCGAGUAUGAGGUGUUGGGGUUAGAACAAUUGGACUCCAGAGGGUUUCGACCCCAAACCACAUCAACCUCUGAGUCCACUCCCAUUACACCCUCUGUGACGCCUCAGCCCACACCAACCUCCACACCCACUCCACCUCCCAGUCCUGCAGCUCCGGAGGAGCUUGAGGAGGUGGGGAAGGAGGUGCAGGCGGCAUCAAGCUCUCCACAGCUCAGGCUGAGUAAGAGGAAAGCUCCAGAGCCACCUCAUAGAGUCUUGAGGCCCCUCACAAGAUCCAGGAGUGCUCUUUCUUCAAACAAUGAAGCCAUGUGAGACUGUCCUCAAGACUCCUCCUCCAGCUGCCUUUGCUGCAAAAAGUAAAAAUACCGAACGGCCAAAAGCUACAUGACUGAGGCAGCCGUGCUUUGGAUUAUGGUAUUACCAAAGUGUCCUAUGAUGACCGUUCUAUAUAGCUCGUGGCUCGUGAUUUUAAAAUGAGGUUAGAGAUUUAAGUAAAGAGCCAAUGGCCUCCAUGCUGAUAGACACUUUGCAUUUUUCGGUUAUUGAAUAUGUAUUUAUGUACAGUUUGUGUGUACUUUAUUGUCAUGAUUAAAUUGUUUUUAUAUAUAUCAUCUCUGGGCAGGCAAUUGCAUGUGUGUCUUCCCAGUCAUUAGUCUGCUGUUUAUUAAACAGAAUGUACUGUCAUGGAUUGAAUAUUGCAGCUAGGACUGAGAAUGUGACAAGCCAAGGAUCAAAAGAAGGCUUUUUUUUUUUCUUUUUUUUUUUGUCAUAACCUGUUCUGGAGACAGAGCAUCUUUAAAUUACCCACAUUUAUUGAAUGAAAAAGUUAAGCUAGCUGUGACAGAAACUAAUCUGUUAUUUGCUUCUCUUUCGGCCUUGAAGAAGAGAUACACAAUAUUUGCUCUAAGCAUUUUCAACACAAUGAUCUCAAACAAUAAUUUUGCACUACAUGUACAACUGCCCUCAGUGCACUGAUACGAGCAAAAUUAGACAAAACGAUUUGGCUCUACAUAUUCAUCAAUAAUAAUAAUUUGUUCUGUUUCUUCUGUGGCAAGUGGAGCAAACUGCUUCUGACAAUCUAUUCAGUUUGCAAACGUGUGUUGUCAUCUAUAUCACAAAUAAUUUGGCAACUUUGAGUUGUAGAAGAAAUACUACAAGAGUAAAUAUUUAUUGUAUGUGAACAUGGAUCAUUUUCCAUGUCUGAAAUCACUGUGUGAAGGCCUGCUAUUAGUUGAAUGACUGCAAACCCGAUGAUCUUGUCCUUGCUUCUAUCACAUUAUAGGAAUCUAUGAGUAGCUGUACCAGUCAAGUGUGUGUUAAUGUACUUUAUUCAAUGAGCCUGAACCUCUUUUUACACUAUCACUGUGUUGGUGGGUAGACUUGUGUGGUAGAUUUACAUCAUGCAUCCAUGUCUUUAAAGUGGUUUGUAGCUUGAAACAGAAGCUUCUCAGGUACAACUGUUCUGUUUACACACAUUUCACUCUGAUGUUAGAGAUACUCUAAUUAUGCACAAGAAAAGUUUCUUUAACUGACGAAUUGUGGCAAAAAAAAAAAAACCUGGAUAAAUCUGUUUCAGCGUUAGUGGUAUCAGUAUCAGUGUUGGAGGUGAUUUCAUUUAAAGUUUUAUUAAAGUUCAUGCAAAGUAAAGCUGAGAAGAAAAACACUAUUUUCAGAUUUGUUCACCUGUACGUAGACUGAAAAACCCAUCAUUGCAUGAUAUUCAUUGGUAUGAAAUUUCUUUGGAAGCUGUUGGCCUCACUCCUCAGAUGCCUCACUCGUUAGCAGUUACUUUUAUACUUUUGAUUUUUGAGUAAAAAGAAGAAACAUCACAACUCUCUUGCCACCAAAACACACAAACAUGUCACUUUGAACUUUAUUCACAAGGAUGCACCUCUUAUCUACCCAACUUCUUCCAAACCAAUGGAUUUUUUUUCUGGCAGGCCAGAAUUGCUUCGGUUACAAUUUUAUAAUGAGUCAAAACAAAAAGAUGUUUUGUGAUGAUUGUUCAUGGCUGUCACUUUAUGGCUCUAUCAGUAUAUGUCUGUUGGUGACAUCAAUUUAAAUUCAUUAAAUAUGUUUCAGAACACUGUUUUAAUGUUGUUGUUU